AUGAAAUGGAGCCCGUCAGGGCUUAAUGUAACAAUUAUCCCGUCUCUCCAAGCCGGCUUGCUGCAGUGGAAAGGCGCUGUUUGGAGCGCGGGAAAGGGCCUCGGCGGGCCUCCGCCUGUCUUAACGCCUUCUCUCAUGCCCUGCGGCACAGUCCCCACGGCGUCCAGUUCUUUUGAAUGGCCAAAAGUCUGCUUUUCUUGUUCGAAGAGUGCUGCUCUUCUUUCCUUCCUCCUCCAAGUCUUAGUUUUACUCUCGGCCAAAUUUCUUUUCAAGCUUGUCAUAGGCGGGCUUGCGGCCAAAAAGGAGUCGUUUGGAUGA